GGUGCUGACGCUCGCGCCGACGCGCCGGACGUCGGGCACGUUGACGCCGGCGACGCGCCGGGCCCGGUUCUCUGCGCUCGCUAGUGUCCCGCGGCGGCGGGCCGGCCUUCGUGACGAGCGGGGCGGCGGGCCCGGGGGCCGGGCGAGGACGCAGCCGCGGGGCUGCGUGGGUCGGCCCGCAGCCGGCCGCCGCCCGAAGGCCGCUUCAUAGCCCCGGAGCCGCGCCCGCCGGCCAAGAUGAUGUGCGAGGUGAUGCCGACCAUUAGUGAAGCAGAAGGCCCUCCAGGAGGAGGUGGGAGCCAUGGGUCAGGCUCCCCUUCACAGCCAGAUGCUGAUUCGCAUUUUGAGCAGCUCAUGGUUUCCAUGUUGGAAGAACGGGACCGCCUUCUGGACACACUAAGAGAGACACAAGAAACACUGGCAUUAACCCAGGGGAAGUUGCAUGAAGUUGGUCAUGAAAGAGAUUCUUUGCAGAGGCAGCUCAAUACUGCACUUCCACAGGAGUUUGCUGCGCUCACGAAGGAACUCAAUGUGUGCAGGGAGCAGCUUCUAGAGAGAGAGGAAGAAAUCGCCGAGCUGAAGGCAGAGAGGAACAACACUAGGCUGCUGUUGGAGCACCUAGAGUGCCUUGUCUCCAGGCAUGAGCGCUCUCUCCGGAUGACAGUGGUAAAGAGGCAGGCACAGUCACCUGCAGGCGUGUCCAGUGAGGUGGAAGUGCUGAAAGCCCUGAAGUCACUGUUUGAACACCACAAAGCCUUGGAUGAGAAGGUACGAGAGCGACUACGAGUGGCUCUGGAGAGGUGCAGCUUGUUAGAAGAGGAGCUGGGUGCCACCCACAAAGAGCUAAUGAUUCUUAAAGAACAGAAUAAUCAGAAGAAAACACUAACAGAUGGACUGCUUGACGGAAACCAUGAACAGGAAAGUGCACCAAGCACCAACGGCAAGAGAUCUUCUGAUGGCUCCUUGAGUCAUGAGGAUCUUGCCAAAGUGCUGGAGCUGCAGGAAGUCAUAGACAGGCAGGCGAGAGAGCAGAGCCAGAUGAAGGAGCGCCUGGCCUCCCUGUCCAGUCAUGCAGCAGAACUAGAAGAGGAUCUGGACACAGCUAGAAAAGACCUCAUCAAGUCUGAAGAGAUGAAUACGAAACUGCAGCGAGAAGUCCGUGAAGCAAUGGCCCAGAAGGAGGAUAUGGAAGAGAGAAUCACCACCCUUGAGAAACGCUACCUCGCCGCACAGCGUGAAGCCACGUCUGUGCAUGACCUCAAUGACAAACUUGAAAAUGAAAUUGCAAAUAAAGACUCCAUGCACCGACAGACAGAAGACAAGAACCGCCAGUUGCAAGAGCGUCUGGAGUUGGCCGAGCAGAAGCUGCAGCAGACCCUGCGCAAAGCUGAGACGCUGCCAGAGGUGGAGGCUGAGCUGGCCCAGAGGGUGGCUGCACUCUCCAAGUCUGGUCCUUUGUCUUCUGGGAGUUCAGCUGCUAAGGAAGCAAAACUGUUGGAGCUUACUUCCAAGCUUAGGAAGGCUGAGGAGAGACAUGGCAAUAUUGAAGAGAGGCUGCGGCAGAUGGAGGCACAGCUGGAGGAGAAAAAUCAGGAGCUGCAGCGGGCAAGGCAGAGAGAAAAGAUGAACGAGGAACAUAAUAAGCGCCUGUCUGACACUGUGGAUAAGUUGCUCUCAGAAUCCAAUGAGAGGCUGCAGCUGCAUCUGAAGGAGAGAAUGGCGGCGCUGGAGGACAAGAAUUCUCUACUAAGGGAAGUUGAAAAUGCAAAGAAGCAACUAGAAGAGACCCAGCAUGAUAAGGACCAACUUGUCGUGACUAUUGAAGCCCUGAAGGCUGAGCUGGAGCAGAUGAGACUGAGAGGUCCUUCACUCCAUCAUGGCCGACCCCAUUUGGGCAGCGUCCCGGACUUCAGGUUCUCUGUGGCAGACGGACAUGUGGAUGCUUACAGCACCAGUGCAGUGUUGCGGCGCCCCCAGAAGGGCCGACUGGCAGCGCUGCGGGAUGAGCCCUCCAAGGUGCAGACCCUCAAUGAGCAGGACUGGGAACGGGCCCAACAAGCCAGCGUCUUGGCAAAUGUGGCACAGGCAUUUGAGAGUGAUGUCGAUGUGUCUGAUGGUGAAGAUGACCGAGAUACACUGCUCAGCUCAGUUGAUCUGCUGUCACCCAGUGGACAGGCUGAUGCCCAGACACUGGCCAUGAUGCUUCAGGAACAGCUGGAUGCUAUCAACAAAGAGAUCAGGCUGAUACAAGAAGAGAAGGAGAAUACAGAACAGCGGGCAGAGGAGAUCGAGAGCAGAGUGGGCAGUGGAAGCUUGGACAAUCUUGGUCGUUUUAGAUCAAUGAGCUCCAUUCCCCCCUACCCUGCUUCCUCGCUUGCUGGCUCCUCUCCUCCAGGCAGUGGUCGGUCCACACCAAGAAGGGUCCCUCACAGUCCUGCCCGGGAGGUGGACAGGCUGGGUGUCAUGACUCUGCCUAGUGACUUAAGGAAGCACCGGAGACAGUUGCCAGCUUCCAGAGAAGAGGUACGAGACGACAAGACGACGAUAAAAUGUGAAACCUCUCCCCCCUCCUCCCCGAGGCCCCUGCGCUUAGACAGGAUGCACAAGGGCGCACCGCACACGGUCAGCCAUGAGGACAUCAGGGACCUGAGGAACUCCACAGGCUCCCAGGAUGGUCCCGUGAGCAACCCUAGCAGCAGUAAUAGUAGCCAGGACUCCCUCCACAAAGCCCCAAAGAAGAAGGGUAUCAAAUCCUCCAUUGGCCGCUUGUUUGGGAAGAAGGAAAAGGGCCGGCCUGGUCCACUGGGCAAGGAGUCACCAGGGCAAGUUGGUGUUUCAGAGACAGAAAAUUCAUCUCAAGAUGCCCUGGGACUCAGCAAACUGGGAGGACAAGCUGAGAAAAACCGUAAACUUCAGAAAAAGCACGAGCUGCUGGAGGAGGCCCGCAGGCAAGGCUUGCCUUUUGCACAGUGGGAUGGGCCCACAGUGGUAGUGUGGUUAGAGCUCUGGGUUGGGAUGCCUGCCUGGUAUGUGGCUGCUUGCCGAGCAAAUGUCAAGAGUGGUGCCAUCAUGUCAGCCCUGUCAGACACUGAGAUCCAGCGGGAGAUUGGCAUCAGCAACCCCCUGCAUAGGCUGAAGCUGCGGCUGGCCAUCCAAGAGAUAAUGUCACUGACUAGCCCUUCUGCUCCACCCACAUCCAGGACGACCACAGGAAAUGUCUGGUUGACACAUGAAGAGAUGGAAACGCUUACAGCCACGCCACAAACGGAAGACGAGGAGGGAAGCUGGGCUCAGGUUGGCAUCUUUCUCUACCUACCUACCUUCACUGUGUGGCAACAGAAAGUUUCUGGGAUGCAGACUCUAGCAUAUGGGGACAUGAACCACGAGUGGAUCGGCAAUGAGUGGCUGCCCAGCCUGGGCCUGCCGCAGUACCGCAGCUACUUUAUGGAGUGCCUUGUAGAUGCCCGGAUGCUGGACCACUUGACCAAGAAAGACUUGCGAGGGCAGCUGAAGAUGGUCGACAGCUUCCACAGAAACAGUUUCCAGUGUGGAAUUAUGUGCCUGAGAAGGCUAAAUUAUGACCGAAAAGAACUGGAAAGAAAAAGAGAAGAGAGUCAGAAUGAGACAAGAGAUGUGCUUGUGUGGAGCAAUGACCGGGUGAUUCGCUGGAUCCUGUCGAUUGGCCUUAAAGAGUAUGCCAACAACCUAAUAGAGAGCGGUGUUCACGGUGCACUUCUGGCUUUGGACGAGACUUUCGAUUUCAGUGCCCUGGCACUCUUGUUACAGAUUCCAACACAGAAUACGCAGGCUCGAGCUGUCUUGGAAAGAGAAUUCAACAACCUUUUGAUCACGGGGACUGAUCGGAGGUUUGAUGAGGAUGAUGACAAAAGCUUCAGGAGGGCGCCUUCCUGGAGGAAGAAGUUCAGACCAAAGGACAUUCGUGGCUUGGCCUCUGGCUCUGCAGAGACGUUGCCUGCCAACUUCCGGGUCACCUCCUCAAUGUCAUCUCCCUCUAUGCAGCCAAAGAAGGUUCAGAUGGACGGUAGUGUGUCCGGAGCACAGAGGUUGGACUCUGCCACAGUCAGGACUUACUCCUGCUAGAGCCUCCUGCUGUUUACCCACACUACUUCUACAGAUGACGUCGCUGAGGCACGGACGGUGUAGAGCUCGUCUGGCAACUUUUGCUAUGUGGACCCAAGAUAUUUUAUUACAGAGUUUUUAAACUAGUGAAGAAAAAAAUCAUAAAUACCAUAGAGAAAAUAUUUUAGAAUUGACUGUUUCUUAUAUUUAUGUAAACUUAUGCCUCCUCAUUUAUAUAGUUACUUACUCUUUCAUGUAUAUCCAGGCUAUAAAUAUCCUUUUGAGUCAACUCAUGUUCUUAUACCUAAUUUUAGUCUUUUAAAGGAAUGUACUGUAAUGCUUGUGUAUAAAUCUGAGCAAAUAUAGGGCUUUUGUAAAUUAUGCAUUUACUGUAAUUAUUCCUGUUUAAUUUUUUAAUGAUGAACCCGACAGAGGAAAGGAUUUUGCUACGUUUAUAAAGUCAUCAUGAUACAAGCCAUGUGCAUUCUCCUCUACCCAGCUCUGUAACAAUCAUUCUGAAAGAAGCAGACUUUAUUUCCAGAUGUUUUCUGUCAUAUUUUAAUGACUGACCUUAACCAUACUUUUUCUAGACAAAAUCUCAGCUUCCAUUAGACUUGAGACUGAUGGUCAGGACUCUGUGAACAGCCCUUACCCCAACCACAUCCCUAGCCCUGCUCUGGACAUGGGUGGAUUGUCUCCAGAGGCUGAGCAGGGCCCUGAGCUGGUAACAGCACUCUACAGGGGCAGGGUGGCCUCACCUGCAGACUGAGCAGCUGAUGGAGCCUCGAAGCCAUCUCCCUCCCUCCACACUCAUCAAGGACCAAUCAUGGGGCAGGUGCUCAUUUCCUGGCUGGGGCAGAGCAGGUGAAAGCAAGAGACUUCAGCGGAGCAGGCAGCCUGCAACUCCAAUAAAGGCCUUAUUUUUCUUGUAUAAACUGUCUUACAUUUAUUUGUAACUGUUGUAAGAGUGGACCUAGUUCUCCACUCAGCUGUCUUGCUAGCCUCCUGACUGACUUCAGUGAACUAAGAAGCCACAGGGCUCAGGCACACAUGUGCGUAUUUAUUGUGUAGCUGAUGUGGGAGAGGCUUUUAUAUUUGCUUUCUGCUUUUAAUUCAUCUGGACAGUUGGUUGUUCUGUUUUUCUGUUAAUCGUUUGUGACCCUCCCGAUUAUAUAACAGUCUGUGCAGUCAACUUCUGAACUGUUUUUAUCACAGUGUUAUUUAUUGCUGUUUUUCAAUAAAGUCCCCAGCAUUUUCCACUGCCA